CUUCCAGCUCCAAUUUCAGACUUCCUUUCCUGCCCCUGAUAGUUGUCUUUCCUUGGCAAUCUCCUUCCUCCCAUUCAGCAAAAAAAAGCCUUCCUUACUUGAAUUAGAGCUGAAUUUCUGAGGUUCCAGGAGGUCUGUGAGAAAAUGUGGGAAUGCCACUUGUAUGAGUGUUAUCCAAGACAGCAGUUGCUUGGGAGCCCAGUGGAGAGCCAGACCCUUUGAAGUGGUACUUUCCCUUUGUCACAACACAGUGCUGUGCACCUGUCUCCUGCCUGAGGUGGUGACAGGGUUUGUAGAGAGACUCUGGGCCAUGGCACUCAGGAGAGCAGGAAGGACAUGGGAGAUAUUGGGAUCAUCAUGACAUCUCCAAAGGCAGGGCCCUGUGAAACCAAGCACCAGCCCCACCCAGAUGCUUAUCAGACUUGCAGUGACAUCUGCAAUCUUCCUGACACUCUUUGCAAAAGACAAAUAGGCAAUAAUUUCCUUAGUUUCAACAGGUGCAGUCAAAUUGCUGCUUACAGCUACCAACCCAUUUAUGUCUUUGAUUAGUCAUCCCCCAAGGCAAACUAUAUUUAAAUUAAUGAAACCUGCUAGAAUAGAAGGUGCCCCACCUUCUUAAGAAGAAGCUUCAUUUCACUGGUCUUCAUUUCUUGGCUGGUAGCUUCCUCCUUUCACCACACCUACUGUUACUGGCAGAAAAAAAAGCAAGCAAACUGCUGUCAGAGGCAGCAGACACAUGCCAGAGAAAUUGUGGGAUCCUUCAAAUCUCCUACCCAUAGAAGUUCCAUGUGGAGUUCCAUAUGCUGAGGCUGUGUGUUGUGUUCAUCUGCCUUUUGUAUGGGGUGAAAACAGAUCCUCAGGAGACAUGUCCUGCAUUCACAGCCCUCGGCUUUGGGAACGCUUUGAUAGGGACAGAUCUGAAAGUGAAACUGCUGCUCUACACCCGGCAGAACCCAAGCUGUGCUGAGGAGCUCCACUCAACAGACUCCAAGUACCUCAAUGUGACCAAGAAAAUUACCUUCAUUGUCCAUGGGUACAGAUUCACAGGCUCUGCCCCUGUCUGGAUCCCUGACCUGGUGCAUCUCCUGCUUUCUGUAGAGGACAUGAAUGUCAUCGUUGUGGACUGGAACCAGGGGGCAACCACUCUCAUCUACAACUAUGCUGCCAGGAAGUGCAAAAGAGUUGCUGAGAUUCUGAAGAAACUUAUAGAUGAAAUGUUGAUUAAUGGAGCGUCCCUUGACUCCAUGCACAUGAUAGGAGUGAGCCUGGGAGCACACAUCUCUGGCUUUGUGGGACAGAUGUUUGACGGCACACUGGGAAGAAUCACAGGUGAGCCCUCCUCCAGCAGCCCUCCUGCCCCACGGACGGGCAGCGAGGUGGUGCCACGCCCAUGGCUUUGUGCUGCAGGCCUGGACCCCGCGGGCCCCCUGUACCGGGGCACGGCGCCGAGCGAGAGGCUGGACCCCACGGACGCACAGUUUGUGGAUGUCAUUCACUCCGACACCGACGGACUGGGUUAUGGAGAAGCACUGGGCCAUAUCGACUUCUACCCCAACGGCGGCACCGACCAGCCAGGCUGCCCACUGACAAUAUUCUCUGGGUUGCAGUAUUUUAAAUGUGACCACCAGAGGUCUGUUUUCCUGUUCCUGUCCUCCCUGACACAGAACUGCAACAUCACCACAUACCCCUGCAACUCGUACAGGAACUACAGGAAUGGCAAAUGCACCAGCUGUGAACCCUUCUGGCCCAUGCCAUGCCCCAUCCUAGGUUAUUAUGCCUAUGAGUGGAAAAGCUAUUUAACACAACAGAGCCAUCCAGUGACAAGUAUGUUUUUUGACACAGCGGACAAAGGGCCGUUUUGCAUGUAUCACUACCUGGUGGAUAUUAUCACAUGGAACAAAGACACCAGGAGAGGCACCUUCAGCAUCGUGCUAGCUGAUGAAGAUGGGAGGAAGGCAGAAUCAAAAGUUAAUCCAGAAGCUGUCACCUUCCAGAAGUACAAACAAAUCACUUUGCUCAUUGGGUUUGACCAGGAUCUUGAAAAUGUGGAAAGAAUUUCCUUGACAUUUUCCACAGGAUCUGUCAUUGGCCCAAAAUUCAAACUCAGGAUUCUCCAGAUGAGGUUCCACUCACUGACAAACCCAGAAAGACCCCAGCUGUGCCGAUACGACCUGGUCCUGACUGAGAACACCCAGAGAACUUUCAAGCCCAUCCCAUGCUGAAGCAGGAGCCGAGUGCCGAGGACGCUGUGCCCGGACGGGGCAGACAUUUCCCCGCCGUGUGGGACUCACCUUG